AUGCCGAUCUUGGAGGUCGUCGAGCCCCCACUCCCUACGCCUUCUCGUCACUCAACCCCGGAUGAGGACAACCGCAAGGCCACCACUGCUGCCAACACUGCCGCAAACGGUGCUUCCAGCGCUGCACCUCCUGGCGUCACGCCUUACAACGCGCCCGGUGGUACCGUACCUCAGCAAGGCCCCAACCAACUCUACACCCACGCCCUCCCUGCUCAAGCUCUCUUCAACACCAACCCAACAACAAACUUCGCACCCUAUCCUUACUCAACCAACCAACCUGGUCAAGCAACCCCAACUUCUGUCAGCAACGGUACCAACAUGGACGGAUACCAGAACGCGUUCCCCAACAACGUCGGCCUGCAUUUUCAGCCGCAGGUUCCAGACACCUCGCUUGGACCGAUGACUCACGUCUACCAGCCGCGUUUCGACAACGGCUGUGUUGCCUUCCCUCACCCUGGCAUCGUUCCGGUUCGGCCUGUUACUUUUGCGCCGCAGCCACUCGUUGUCGCGCCGGCCGUCGCGCCGGUGCUGCCUACCUUGAUUGCAAGUGCUCCAGUGUAUACGACCUUGGGUUACAAGGGCGAUGACGGAGUGGUAGCUCCACGCGUGCUUGUUGGUCCCCAAGGCGUCGCGGUUCCCAUGCAAGCUGGCCCCGUCACCGCCCCCAUCAUGCCCGUCGUCGCGCAGCAGCCCUACCCGGCGCAGCCGAUGAUGCUCGGCGGUGGUCCCCCCGUCCAGGGCCCGCCCAUGAUGGUAGCAGGCGGCUUUGGCGGUGGCGGUGUGCCCCCCGGACAGCCGGUGCUUGUGCACGGAGGCCCCGCGCCCAUGGGAAUGGGAGGAGCGCCAAUGAUGCCAGGUAACUUUCCCACUCACUCCUCCCAGUUCCCCAUCCACCACGAGCCCGCCACGGGUAUCGGACAGACGGCUGGCGAGGUCGCUGCUGGUUUCAUGACGAACCCUGAGCUCAACGAGCCACAGGAUUUUAAGCCCGCCGACGACAGCCCCUCGCGCAUGUACAUGGUCCGCCAGCUCGACGGCCACUGGAUCCAGAUGCCCCGCGCCACGAUCGAUUAUUUCGGAAAGGCAGCCCGUUGGUUUGUCACGCCUGAGGGAGUCUUCUACGCAGUGCGCUUAGAGGAGGCAUGA